AUGCUCGCUGAUGCGACCUUUACGAUACUCAACAGUUGCAGGAGUUGGAUAUCGAAAUUUUUGUUAGUUAAACGUCUGCCCUGGCGUCUCUUGUGUUUAUCUGCAUCGCUCUUUUCGCUGUAUAUUCUCUUGCUCCGAAAAUCUUUAUUCGGCGAUGGUCCCACCUUGCAGGGAGGUUCGAUAGGUCGGAAAUUCGACAAUUCCCUCAAGCGCCUUCUAUUUCGAAGACGAGCUCGAAUGUAUCGGCAGCGCUUCAAAGCCGAAUUUGGUUUCGAUUUACCCCGAGUAUCGGAAAAGUCUGCAAAUUCUAUCGGAGUUCCUGUUUUGCUCAAUACAUGGCUUGCUGAAUCACUCUUUCUGGCCAAACAUCGCAAAAACUCUCGGAUGACUGCAGAAUUGUCUUUGAGUGCGGUGGAUUCGGAGACGCACGUUUUUCGACUGAUGCAAUUUGAUGUGAGUAGCUGGUACAGGCCUCUCUCUUCCUGGCAAGGAAACAGCGCAGUGAUUUGGAAUGAGAUUGAAAUCGAGCAAUGGAUUGACAUCAAGUUUGCAAGCUUUCAAGGUAUCGGCGCGAUGUGGUCAAAGCACGAGCGAAUUCAAUUCUGGGGUAUGUGCGCAGUAUAUUUUUAUGGUGGAGUUUUCGUGGAUCACAAUAUACGCUCGAGGACAGCUCUCCCUAUUUUUAAGGCGGCUUUCGGCCAGGAUCGCUUUUGGCACCAGCUUAACGAGGACGGUUCCCUUCAUUAUCUUGCCUCAACACCCAAGCACCCAAAGCUCGAGUGUAUUUUGGACGAAAUCUUGACUCGUCGGAACGAGCGUGGGGCAAACUCUAUUGCUUGGUCACAUGUAACACAAUUACUACAGCUACAUAUCUGGACAGGUUUUGAUAAAUACAAGCCCGCGUGCUGUCCUAUAGUUUACGAACAGAGGAACUGGUCCCUAUCUUCGACAUCGAAGCAAGAUUUCCUCCCAGUUAAUGAAGAGAUGGUUGUCGCACCGUCAGCCCUAGUCAAACGCUUCGAUGUAUCAGUUCAGGAGCAGCCAUCCACGAGGUCGGUAAUUGGGAUUCCGAAAGAACCGUGGAGCAAGGUGCUCAACGACAAUCAAUGCUCGCCGGGAUGGCUGUGCAACCGUUGUCUACGCUUCCCAUGGUUUGGGAGCUUCUCCAAUUGUAAAUCUGUAUGCCGCUCUUGUUACACAGAUCAAAUAUGUGCGGCCAACGACAUUGACCUAACAGAUGAGAUUGUAGUUGAAGUCAUUGUCCGCGAGCGUCCUGGCAACCAUACCAAUCGUAUUCCUCGGAUCAUACAUCAAACGUGGUUUGAAGAACUACAUACAGCGCGGUACCCUCAUCUGCAGCGAUUGCAAAAUUCAUGGAAAGCAUCGGGAUGGGAUUAUCGUUUCUACACCGACGAAGACGCUCGGAUGUUCAUACAGAAGAAUUUUGCUAAAAGGUUCACUUCUGCGUAUGAUGCCAUUAUUCCGGGGGCGUUCAAGGCCGACUUUUUUAGACUACUUGUAUUGCUAAAAUACGGUGGUAUUUACAGCGAUUUCGACGUGCAACUCGAUACUAACUUGGACUACUUUGUCACUAAAGACCUUUCAUUUUUUGUUCCGAGAGACGUUGCAAUCGAUCAUUGGGCUGGGGGGAAUUACUGUGUUUGGAACGGUCUUAUUGGGGCAGCUCCCGGUCAUCCAAUCGUUGCACAGGCGGUCGAGGAUAUUUUGAAUCGCAUUUCGAGGAGGGAGGACUAUCUUGACAUAGAAAGCAGUCUUUGUCGUGGAAACCUUGACGCUGAAAUAUGGAAACUCCGAAGCUUCCCCAUCCUCCUUGUGACAGGUCCUUGCGCCUUGGGAAUAUCGCUGAACAAAGUCUUGGGCCAUCACAACCUGGUCAAUGAGAUCCUUCCUGGAUGGAUGAUUUUCUCGCAACAUAUGACGGAGGACAAAGCUGAAAUGAGUGAUAAUUGGGGAGAUAUUCUGAUCUUGCAUACCGAUCGACACGAUUUAGGGGAGCUACGCUUCUCCGAUCUUGGGAGAAACUUGCUUGUUGCUUCGUCAAAUCAAGACUAUUUCGCUAGAUCUGCAGUCCUUUUUGAGGCCGAUCCACAAAAGAUGCCUCAGCAUUACAGCAAAAGUGAGAGUGAUAUAGUGGGUUCAACAGCGACUUACAAAGAUGAUAAGGUUUCCAAGGAACGAGUUGUCGUAAAGGUCACAUUCACAGUGAGGUGA